UUUCCGGAAGUGUUCAUCGCUGCUGCAGCUGCGGGGCCUGCAUGGACGCGACCCAGCAGAUCGAGGACUCUUUCUUCGGAGAGGAGGAUGACUCUGAUGAAGAGCACGAGGAUGGGGAAGGAAAGGGUCAGAGAAGGCCACUGGCUGUACUGAAAGUGUUCAAGAACAACCACAUCCCAGAGACAGAGGUGCCUCUCUACCAGGGGGAGAACGUUUUGGGGAGAGACCCUACCUCUUGCUCGGUGCCGCUCCAAGCCCGUUCCGUAUCCGGCCGGCAUGCCGUCAUCUCCGUCUCUGUGUUUGGUCCUAACGAACGUCAUGCCCACAGUGAAGCCACGGAGGCCCUGCUGUGGGACCUGGGCAGUUUAAAUGGCACUAGGAAGGGUCGGCUUAAACUGACCCCGCAUGUACGAUACGCGCUGACUGAAGGAGACGGCCUGGUGCUCGCUGAUCUGCCCUGCCAAUACGUCAGCCUAAAGAAUGCAGACACGUCCACAGCUGACAAUGGGAGAGAGAAAGCCAAGGGUCUGAAAUCCGCUAGCAGCAGCUCAGGAGGAGGGGUGGGGACAGGAGCGAAGAAUGCUGGGAAGAAGUGUGCGCUACCUCCUGUGCCCUUGUGGACUGAAGAAGCGAAAAGUGCUGAAUCGGUACAGAUGAGUCCCAAAAAGCCAGAGAGAACCCUGGUGCCUGAGUCUGACUCGGACUCUGAUGGAGAGAGACAUGGAAGAAGAGACAGGAAGAGGAUUGUGGUCUCCGAUUCGGCUUCUUCUGACCUUUCCAGCCCAACGUGUUCAACAUUCUUGUCCCCGGCAAACAAGGUCAUUCCAGAAAGUGAGGAUGAGAGCUCCAUUACUCCGUCCUCAGCGCUAAAGGGUCGGUUUCUAAAGACGGGGAACGACACCAAAGUCUCAUCAGACUCCCCUAAACCAGACCCUCUGCUCUUCAACAUAGACAGCGAUACGGACGUCGAGGAUGAAGAGGAGGAAAUGAUGAAAGACGCACCAAAAACUAUCACAGCAGAAGUGGGUGCUGUAUCUCCUGCUGAUCUGCAUAUGGACAGUGACACCGAUGUAGAAGACGAGGACAUUGAGAAGGCCAAGAGUGAUCCCGAAGCUGUACCCGUGAAACAGGAUGCAGUAAAUCCAGCUGUUUUGAACAUGGACAGCGAUACAGAUGUGGAGGACAACGAGCCCGUUAAAAUGCACACCACGACGGUGCUAUCUGGAGGUGAGGUGUCCCUAGAGGAGAAGAAAGAAACAAAAAGUAGUUCUGGUCAGCUCCAUUUGGAGAGCGAUACUGAUGUAGAAGAUGAAGAUGAUGUUCCUCGUAUGCAAGACGCGAAACCGCCGACCAGCCAUCUAGCUGAGUUCAACCUGAACAGCGAUACUGAUGUAGAUGAAGAUGAGACAACAAAAGGCGAUGAGACAGAAAGCAAAGAUUUGGAACCCAAAUCUGUGGACAACAUCAACGUUCCAGAUGCCAAAAUGUCACAUGAUCAGUCAGACAAUGAUACAGAUGUGGAGGAUGACGACGACACUGAGAUCGGAACCCCCGCUGCAGCCAAGGUAACAGGAAAGUCUCUGACGCGUUCAGAGAACCAGACUGCUAAUACAAGCAGUACAAACGCAGAGCAUGACAGUCCUGUUCAAGGCGAGGCUCCGUUCAGGCUGGACAGCGACACAGACGUGGAGGAGGAUGAAGACAAGGUGGAGGAGGAUGAAGACAAGGUGGAGGAGAAAGAGCAGAGGGGUGCAGAAUCAACAGUACAGGUUGUCCACUCCUCCACACCAAAAGGUGCAGGCGUGUCUGGAGAGGAGCUGGAAACACAAGCAUUCCUCAGUCCGUCUCAGCUGUUCAAGCGGCCGGGUCUGCCCUCUCUCCUUCACCCGUCUGUCUCCCCUGGAGGUAUCAUUCACCCAGAUGAUGACUUUGCUGUGGCUGAAACUCAGUCCUUUGUGUGCGAUGCCGCUCAAGUCGAUGCCACUCUAGACGAGACGCCUCAGUCGCUGGAUGGCCCCGAAUCUCGGCACUCACAUGGAGCCUCAUCCUUCCAGCUGAGCCUUUCAGACAGCAGCCAUCAGUUGCCAGAAGCUGCUGAGCACGAUGGAGAACCUGCAGAGGAGGAAUGGCAGCUGCAGGCAACUCAGUUAUACGAGGGCAGUACUAAAGCUGGGGAAAUACAGGAUCUGGACUCUACGCAGGCGUAUGUUUGUGCGACAGACCAAGAGGAGGAGGAGGACGAUGGAGAAAAAGAUGAGGAGGAACAGGCGACGAAACCACUGGACACUCAGAGCUAUUCCAACAUCCACACUGCUGAAACUCAGCUCAUCAAACCCAGAGCGCUGAAUGAAGAUAACAGUGAUCGUGACACUAAUGAGGAGGUUGUCGCUAGCGAACCGGAAAUAAAGGCCAAGGAGGAUGUCAGCGACGAGAUGCAAGUGGAUUCGCAUCUCUCCACUGCAGACACUCUGCUGAUCGUCAGGAGCCCGAGGCAGGAGGAGCACACUCAACCCUACGCAUUCCUCGCUGCCCAAAUCCAGAAGGGACAGGAAGAGACAGAAAAGGAGGAGCACGAGAGCAGGGAUUUAGGAGAUAGAGAAGAUCAGACAAAUGAGGGAGAAACGGCUCAGGAAGAAGAAAGAACAGGGAUAGAAAAGGAGAAUGAACUGACGAGAGAAGAGGACAAGAAGGAACGGGGUGAGAAUGAAAGAGUAGAAAAUGAUAAUGAAGUAGAUGAUGCACAAACACAGCUUACUGAGGCUGGUCCUAUUGUCGAAAUACUGCCUAUGUGUGAGGAAGAAAAGGGACAGGAGGAAAAGCAGAUGAAUGAAUGUAGAUCAAGCAGAGGAACACGGCCUGCUCAUGUUGAGUCAAGACAGUCUCUCGAGCCUGAUGAUCACACUCGUCUCGCUAUUGCGGAAACACUGCUAAUGUGUGAGAAAGAGGACGAACAGGAUAAAGAACAGUUGAAUGAACCUUGCUCAAGCAGAGGAACGCAGCCUGCUCACAUUGAGUCCACACAACCUCUCGAGUCUGAUGAUCACACUCAUGUCGCUACUGCAGAAACACUGCCUUUGUGUGAGGAAGAAGAGGAACAAGAGGAAGAGAAGAAUAAACCUAGGAAAAGCAAAGGAGCUGGCAGGAAGAGACAGACUGCUAAGGUUGAGACAAUUCAGCUUGUCGAGUCGAAUAAAGUCACCCGUGUGAGCGUUGCUGAGACGCAGCCUAUGUGUAAAGAGGAUGAGGAGGGACAGGAGGAAGAGCAGCGAAACGAAACCACUUCUACUAGGAGAUCCAGCACGAGGAGACAAGGUGCUAAGACGAAGCCUCAUGUUGCCAUUCCUGAAACUCUUCCACUGUGUGAAGAAGAGGAGGCACAGGAGGAAGCGCCACCGAGCGAAGUCGUAUCUGGUAGAAAAUCCCGCCGAGGAAGGCAGACUCCUAAAGUCGAGACCGCACAAGCCAACGAACCCGAUUCUACUACUGAUACAGUGAAGAUGGAAGAAGAGGAGGAAGUGCAAGACAGCAGGAGGAACCUGAGAGGAAAAGAACGAGGAAGAGCAGCAUCUGGAAAGGUUAAAGGUAAAGGAAAAGUUGCUGCAGGGAAAGAGAAGAGAGGAAAGAGAGGACAAAUGGAGCAAGAGGAGGACAGCGAGGAAGAGGUCGAACGAGGGAACAAGGGAAGAGGAAGAAAAAGUCUGAGGCUGAAAUCUAAAGAUGAUGACGAGGCCAGACUUGAGCUAAUGGAAGCAGGAAAUGAAGAAAUGGAUCAUGUAAAAAAGCAAGAGGAAGAAGAGGAAAGUAAGAGACUACAGAUAGAGAAGAAGAAAGAAGCUAGAGAUCAGCUAGAAAGAGAGAGGAAGGAAAGAGAAGAGAGUGCAAGAUUGAAGAAGGAGAGGGAGGAGAGAGAAGAACGUGAAAAGAUGGAGCGAUUGGAGAGAGAGAAGAGGGAAAGAGAAGAGAAAGAGAUGAAAGAAAGAGAGGAGAUGGAAAGGUUGGAAAAAGAGAAGCAACUGGAAAAAGAAAGGAGAGAACAAGAAGAAAAGGACCGAUUAGAACGAGAGAGGAUAGAAAAGGAAAAUAGGGAAAAAGAAGAACAAGAGAAGCUAGAAAGGAUGAUGAGGGAAAGACAAGAGCUGGAGAAAGAACGGAAAAAACAAGAAGAAAAGGACCGGUUAGAAAAAGAGAGGAUAGAAAAGGAAAAUAGGGAAAAAGAAGAAAAACAGAGACUAGAAAGGGCGAUGGCGGAAAGACAAGAGCUGGAGAAAGAAAGGAAAAAACAAGAAGAAAAGGACCAGUUAGAAAAAGAGAAAAGAGAUAGAAAUGAAGAAGAGAAAAAAUUAAGAGAAGAGAAAGAAAAACAAGAAAUUGAGCAAAAUGAGAAGGAAAAAAAGAGUAAGGACGAUAGAGAGAAUAUGGACAAGGAAAAAGAAAGAAGACCAGCACCAGGAAAACGAAAAGCAGGGCUGCAAAGAAGGGGGAAAAAAAGCAAGAAAGAGGAGGAUCAGGAAUUGGAAGAAGAAACUAAAGAAGGACUGGAGACUAAACAAGAACUGAGUAAGAUGCAAAAAGAAGAAUGUGAAGAAGGGAAGAGCAAAAAGCAAGAGCAGGAUGAACAUGCUGAUGGUGACAGCAAGACCAGACGAGGUCGACGCACUACCAGGAAAUCUGUUGCGCCCCCUGCUGGUGCGGAGGACGAAGGCGGUCCAGCUAAAAGAACUCGCUCGCGGUCCAACUCCUCCAACUCUGUGUGUUCAGAGCAGUCCGCUCAGGAAAGCUUAAAUGGAGGAAGAGGGGAAAGGAGGAGAACUGCUGAAGAAGAGAAUGACAAAGUCAGGGCAUCAGGGAGAAGAAGAAGAACUACUACCACAGCACCAUCUAGUGAAAAGGAGGAAAUAAAGCAGGCUUCUAACUCUCGCUCCAAUUCCAGAAGCUCUGAGAGAUCUAGCAGCAGCGCAGCCACUCCGAGCCGAGGAAGAGGAAGGAAAAAGAGUGUGAAAGUGGAAUUGCCGGAGGAGGAGGAGAGGGAGCAGUCGGCAGCUGUGGGGAGAGGAAGAGGAAGAGGAAAAGGAAGAGGUGGGAAACUUCCUGGUGGAAAUUAUAUUAAAGAAGAUGCGGCAGAGAAGACUGAGGUUAUGGUUGUCGCUGAGGAUGGUGUUACGUGCCAAAGCAGCAGCAGGGGGCGUAAAAGAGGUGUGGAUGUUUCUAUGCUGAUGGAAGAAACUCCUCAGCCGACCCCUAAAACCCCUCGCCGCUCUCUUACAGGACAGACACACAAGGUUCUGUUUACAGGAGUAGUGGAUGAGGAUGGGGAGAAGGUGGUGGUGCGUCUGGGUGGAGGUUUGGCGAAAGGCGUGGCUGAUAUGACUCACCUGGUGACCGAUAAAGUCCGGCGUACUGUGAAGUUCUUGUGCGCCGUGGCCCGGGGAGUGCCGAUCGUUACCCCUGACUGGCUAAGCAAGUGUGGUAAAGCUGGAAGCUUUCUCUCACCUAAUGGAUUCUUAGUAAAAGACACAGAGCAAGAGAAGAAGUUUAACUUCAGUCUGCAGGAGUCACUGAGAGUAGCCAGCUCCCAGCCGUUAUUACAGGGCUAUGAAAUCCAUGUCACGCCCUCUGUGAAGCCUGAGCCGGCUCAUAUGAAGGAAAUAAUCACCUGCUGUGGGGCGCGCUUUCUUCCCAAAAUGCCCUCUGCUCGCAAGGCUCAGACGGUGGUGGUGGUGUCGUGUGAAGAAGACGGAGCACUGUGUGAAAGAGCUCGGAGUUUGUCCUUUCCUGUGGUCAGCGCAGAGUUUCUGCUGACCGGCAUCCUACAGCAAAAAGUGGACUUGCAAACACACGCGCUCUCUCUUUCACCUGCUGCCGCAGCGACCAAACCUGUCCCCCGCAGCCGUGGAAAGUAGGCUCUGGGCUUUAAACACCCCUGCGGAGUCAACUCCUUCGAGGGCCAGUGUUUCCUCAGAGCACUUACCAAAAGCUACUAACGACCAAUCAUCCUUUUGCAACUCUGAGUCAUUUUUAACUUACACUCUUAGUGAACUGUAUCUUUCCUCGUUGCUGUGUUCGUAGCCUUUAACAUGCAUUUUUUACCUGGAAAGAUGAAAACUAGUGUACUUUUUAAAAUAUGAUUUAAUAGUACAUAUAAAUGGACCCUGAUUACUUUUUAGUGUAAAGCUUUAAAGGUUAGAAAACUAAAAAAAGACUAAAUAAAAACUUUGCUAUCAUCAGUUUUCCAACUGACCCCUUUGUAAAAUUCUCACUUAUCGUCUACUGUAUACUGAUUUAUUCUGUAUACAGGAUUGUGAGAGUCUGGCGUCUAUCCCAGGACGCACAGCGAGGUACACCCUGGACGGGGUGCCAAACCAUUGCAGAGCACACAAACACGUACACUCACCCUCUUAUUCACACCAUCGCUGUUUGAGCGUAGCAAAAAAAACAGGGGGCACAUGCAUUUAAAGGAAAAUGUGACAUAACAGUAGCUCAUACUACUCCACACCAAGCACAGGAAGAACAUGCAAACUCCAUGCACACAUACCCAAGGCGGGAAUCGAUCCCAGGCCCUGGAGGUCCAAGGCGAGGAAAAUGUAUCAUAAUCUGACGUAACAGUGUCAUCAAACUUAUUCGCCACUUUUCGCCAUAAGUGUAAUUAAGGCAUUGUCACAGCUGCACCCACUCAUUCAUCGUCUAUGCUGCUUUAUCCUGUAUAAAGGGUCGCAGGGGGCCUUGAACCUAUCCCUCCCAGGAAACUUGGGGCAUAAGGCGGUGUACACCCUGGACAGGGUGCCAAUCCAUUGCAGGGCACACACACACACACAGACACACACAAUGGGCAUUUUGUGAACGAAAAUUAGCCUAAUUUGCAGUUCUUUGGAGUGUGGGAGGAAACACACCAAGCAUGGGGAGAACAUGCAAACUCCAUUCACACACAGAGAUGGGAAUUGAACUUGGCUGGGAUUCGAAUCCGGACCCUGGAGGUGCAUGGCGGCUGGGCUAAUCACUACACCACCAUUGGAAAAUGCCAGUUAGGCUAAUCUUUGGACUGUGGGAGGAAACCGAAGGACCCGGAGGAAACCCACCAAGCACAUGCAACCUCCAUGCACACAGACCACGAAGUGGGAGUCGAACCCUGGUUCUGGUGGUGCAUGGUGACCGUGCUAACAAAUAAAAUGUUGAAUAUAGUUAUUAUAUUUCACAGCUGAAUUAAACAUGUGAAUAAACAUUUCUAAGCUGC